AUGGGCUCCAUGAUUACGACUAGCAAAGCCUCAUUACACUAUCGAGACUAUGAUAGUCUGCCGGACCCGAAAAGAGUCUGGACCGGCAAGCCAGGGUCUAGGGAAGAGGGUCUCGGCCGUCUCGUACUGCUCACACCAGAAGUGGUAGCCAACGCGGCAUCAACAUGCAUCAAGACAGGUCGCCGUACCUCGUUAAACUGGGAGCUGACCAAACUGGAUAUUGCCAACUUCAAUCGAGCUCCAGCCCAACAUCAUAUUGUCUCGCUUCUAAACGGCGCCGCGUAUGACGAUGUUUACAUCUUCAACCCUCAACAGUCAUCUCAAUGGGACGGGCUCCGCCAUUUUUCUGCCCCAGCUCCAACUCCCUCAGACCCAAAUCGUCGCCUCUUCUACGGAGGAAUGACGUCGGGUGAGAUACAAGAUAGAAACAAUACUCGCCUAGGCAUUCAGCAUUGGGCUAAAGAGGGCAUCUGCGGUCGUGGUGUUCUACUGGACUAUGCUGAGUACGCUCGACGCCAUUCUAUAUCUUACACGACAUUCUCAGACCAUUCGAUCCCGCUCCAUGUACUCCUUGACGUCGCAAAGGAACAAGGCGUCAAGUUCCUCCAUGGAGAUAUCCUGUUCAUCAGAAUUGGAGUCGUUAGGGAGUGGGAUCAGCAGAUGACAGCAGCUGACAAGCUGGCUUAUGCACAAAGCUCAAAUCCGCAGCAUGCUGGGGUUGAAGGCACUGAAGAGAUGCUGAAAUGGAUAUGGAAUGAAGGCUUUUCAGCUGUGGCAAGUGAUGCCAUUUCCUUCGAAGUUUACCCUCCGCAAUCAUCCUAUAAGCGAGGAGAGAAUGCUUCAGUCAAGGGUUUAUUUAUGCAUGAGUAUCUUAUUGCAGGAUGGGGUAUGCCAGUUGGUGAACUAUUCGAUCUUGAGGGUCUUAGCCACAUUUGUCAAGAAGAACAGCGAUGGGAAUUCUUUAUAACGUCGGCACCUCUGAACAUGCCAGGAGGCGUCAGUACUCCUCCAAAUUGUAUAGCUAUAUUUUAA